AUGUCGACCACCGUGAGAGUCAAACUGUACAACUCCGUCACCGCAGAUCAGCACCUCACGACGGCAGACGUCCCCAUCGACGGCAAACCCCACAACGUCCGCGACCUCUUCAAACCCAACAAUCCGGCCUACCCGGGCAAGGUCACGGGCAACACCGUGUCCAUUGGAGACUUCAAGGGCGCGACCUUCACCCUGCUCAGUCCGUCCGGAACCAAAGUCCUGGUGCGAAAGCCCGAGCAGACAGGCAUGUCACAGCAGUUCAGCGGCGACCAAAAGCCGCUCGGAAAUUUCGACGCGCAGGACUACGACCUGAGCGACUUCACCAUCACCUUGAACAAGGGCUCUUGA